UCAACACCUCGGGGGGUUGCACACAAAGGCAACCGGCCACGUAAUCAGAUUCUGCAGCUUAUCAUACCCCCCGAUAUAACAAGCAGGAGUUUUCACAAAUGGAUAGACGCGCGAUUAAAUGAGAUUCUGCGCUUGCACUGAGGAUCAAUAUUUUCAGAGUGUUGUAUUGCAGGCAGUUACUGCAGGCCAUUUAAUGGUACUGUGUCAAGAAGAAGAAGAAGAAAAAUAAAGAGGUAGAACUGGGUGUAAAACUACAGCUGCUGCCGUGCCCUCUCCUUUCCAUCACCAUGACCUCACCGCUCGCAGCCCGAGGGCUCAAAUUUCUCUCUGACCCGAAAUGUCAGCGCCGUUGCCCCGACAAUUUCCACUCCCGUGACCCUCUCUCCAUGUCCUCAGAUGCAGAGGGCUCUAAUAGGAGGUGGACAAGGUGAGGCUGUCUCUCUAGUAAGGGGAUAUAUGAGACAGCCUCACACUGACCUUUUUAAAUAAAAAUAGAAAAGAGUCGUUCAUUUGGACGACCUCAAGUGUAUUCCUCCAAUAUAGACACAGUGUAUUUGAAUUAGAUGCUGCAUCUUGUAGUUCCAAACAGUUUGCCAUUGGGUACUUUCCCCCAGGUGUCCUCACGCCGGAGCACAAAUGUGAAGCAUUUAUCAGCGGUUGACGUGUUUUUGCUUUGUUGAGCCUUGAUGCAGGCAAAGUAAGGGCACUUGAGAUGAGAAACUGCAGGAAAAAAAAAAAAAAUGAAGUCACACAAGACUUCCUCCGCUAAUGCAAUUACAAUCCAAUCCUGCGCAGACCCGAAACAACUUUGUGAGCACUAAGCAGGAAGUGGAGAAGCUGAUGAAGAGGAUAAGGUCUGCAGAUCAGGACUAUAAACCCCCAGGCCAGUGGACGAUGGAGGGCUUCCUGUACGUCCAGGAGAAACGUCCCCUGGGAUGCACUUGGACGCGUCACUACUGCACAUACGAGAAAGGCAGCAAGACCUUCAGCAUGAGCAACACUGAAAGUAAAUCGGCCGCGAAGCAGAACGGUCUUGUCCUUAACCAGCCGGAGUUGUUCAAGCUCAAGUCCUGCAUUCGGAGGAAAACGGACUCCAUCGACAAGCGUUUCUGCUUUGAUAUUGAAGUGCUGGAGAGAAAUGACAUCUAUCGUGGAACUCUUUUCAGGCCGCUUCAGUUUUUCUGUAAAGUCCGGCAUGGCGUUAUGACACUGCAGGCACUCUCCGAGCCCAACAGAAGAUUGUGGCUGGAGGCCAUGGAUGGCAAGGAGCCGAUUUACAACCUGCCCGCCAUACUAAGCAAAAAAGAAGAAA